GCUUCCUUCGUUUUCCCCAUCAGACUCCAACACUAACACAACACGCCUAAGAAAACCAAUCUCAUUCUCUCCCACUCUCACACAUAAAAUUUACAGUUCCAAACCCUAAUCGAUCAAUUCGAUCCCUCUCUCUUCAAUUUCCAACCUCCAUCUCACAGAAGAUCGAGGAAGGUUUAAUCGUUGAGAAUCAACCAUGCUUAACCGGCUUUUUGGAAAAUCUAAACAGGAAACCAAUGCUCUCUCCACGUUAGAUAAAUUAAACGAGACACUUGAAAUGCUAGAGAAAAAGGAGAAAGUACUUUUAAAAAAGGCAGCUGCAGAGGUUGAAAGGGCAAAGGAAUUCACCAGAGCUAAGAACAAAAGGGCGGCUAUACAAUGUUUGAAGAGGAAGAGGCUAUAUGAACAGCAAAUAGAGCAGCUUGGGAAUUUCCAAUUGCGAAUCCAUGAUCAGAUGAUAUUGUUAGAAGGUGCAAAAGCAACUACUGAAACUGUAGAUGCAUUGAGAACUGGAGCUGCUGCGAUGAAGGCAAUGCAGAAAGCAACGAAUAUUGAUGACGUGGACAAGACCAUGGAUGAGAUCAAUGAGCAGACUGAGAACAUGAAACAGAUUCAGGAAGCAUUGUCUACUCCAAUUGGUGCAUCAGCCGAUUUUGAUGAGGAUGAGUUGGAAGCUGAACUCGAAGAACUGGAAGGUGCUGAGCUGGAAGAAGAACUUCUUAAGCCUGCAACUACUGCUCCUGCAGCUCCAGUGCAGGUCCCAGCGGGCCCUCAACGAAACCGUCCUACACCAAAGCCUACAGCUGAGGAUGAUGAACUGGCUGCACUACAGGCUGAGAUGGCACUAUAAGCAGAAUUUUGCAGAUAUUGUUUGGGUGUAAUGAUGGGAGGCUAUGUAAAGAAUUGGCCUGAUUGCUUAUGGAGAUUUCUGCCCUUUCAUGCAUUCUGAUUUCUGUGUCGGAUGAUUGGUAAACAGACAAUGUACAUAAAGGUGGCGUCAAAAUUAAACGAAGUCACCACUCAAACUUGUAAUCUGCUCUUUGAUGCUCCAAAACGAGUCUGUUUCUUUCAAGUUGUCACAUUUAAUUUAUUUAUUAAAUGUUCGGGUGAUAUUCAAUAACUUAA